CAAACAGGGCUGCAGGGGCAGAGACAGUUUGCUGUCUGGGAGAGGUGAAAACUCCACUAAUUUCUUAAGUCAGAGCCGUGGGAAAGAUACAGUCAUCUGGUGGCGGUGAACCGUAACGCACGGCGACGGGAAAGAAACUGCGCGGCCAGAGAAACUCGACCUGCACUCAACAUUUUCCUUCCUUGGGAGAACAGAUACGUAUCUCUAUCGCUCUUUCUCGCCCCUCCCUUCACCUUCUCUCAUAGACUGUCUAAGAUACAGCGUCUGAAUUCAGAUGCAGUGCACUUCCAAGGCGAGCAUCAGCAUCACUACAGCGACUCUGGCUCGGAUAAAAUCGGAAGAGCGCGUUAUCGUCCUCGGUUAUUUUCGAUUCAUCUAGUUGAUUAGACCACCACCCCACCCCACCCCCACACACACUCCCCCCAUAUCACCCCAAUACAUCAGUCGUCGGAAUUAUAGCUGCCUCCCUACAGCUCUCCCCCUUGGCUUCCCCUUUCUUCAAACCGAACAGAAUUGAUGUGUAUUUGCCGCAUGAGGACGUCCAAGCAUUGGAACUCAGUUGCUGGGGUUGCAGCAAUUCAGCCUGCCGCUUGCUCCGCGCCGGAGACAUGAAUCUACCAUAACGGAAUUCGCGUUCCCUUUCAAAAUCGGAGAAAUCAAAACUGUUUGUUUUCCGCCUCAUGGGGCUUACAUUUCGUUUCUGCUGGUCAGUAACUGUCGUCAAGUGAAUAGCUGUUAUCGUCAUCGCUUCAAUUCCAAACUGGAGGAGUCGUGAUCAACGGGAAUGAAAUUGAGAAAAUCGUCCGCGGGUUGGAGGACGGGGCUGAGUUUAGGUCGGGAACUACGAGUCUAGAUAUUAACAACUUUGUGCGCAAGACUUUCUCUUUCUAUAUGGACCGAUCAACAUCACUGGAUAUCGAGGCUCUGAAGAUGACCCAGGAGCAGUACAUCCUCGCGGCCCAGCCCAACACCCUGAGCCAGCGGGUACACCAAGGUGCCCAGGCCUACCCGGUGGGUAUCUACGGCUGGAGGAAGCGCUGCCUCUACUUCUUCAUCCUCCUGCUCCUGGUCACCAUGAUCGUCAACCUGGCGCUCACCAUCUGGAUCCUCAAGGUCAUGAACUUCACCGUGGAUGGAAUGGGUAAUCUUCGUGUAACCAAAGAGGGGAUCAGGCUAGAGGGUGUUUCGGAGUUUCUGCUCCCUCUCUACGUGAAAGAAAUAGAAUCCAGAAGGGACAAUCCUCUGAUCCUGCAGUCAGACAGGAAUGUGACGGUGAACGCGAGAAACGACCUUGGUCAGCUAACAGGACAGCUCACUGUGGGCUCGGAGAUGGUGGAGGCCCAGUGUCAGAGGUUCGAGGUGAGGAGUCCCGACGGGGAGCGGGUGCUCUUCUCCGCUGACGAGAAGGAGAUCAGCAUCGGCACUGAGAAACUGAGGGUGACAGGGAACGAAGGCGUCGUCUUCGGACAUUCAGUGGAGACAUCCCACAUCAGAGCAGAACCUUUCCAGGAUCUCAAGCUGGAGUCUCCCACCAGGACCCUGAGUCUGGAGGCUCCCAGAGGGGUGGAGGUCAACGCCGGGGUGGGCGACUUCAAGGCCUCCUGCCGGAAAGACCUGUUGCUCCAGUCGUCAGAAGGAGAGAUCUUUUUAGAUUCCAACACAAUUAGGCUGGGGAACAUUCCUCACGGGACAGCGGCGGACCCGCUGCAUGGGGCGCCGGGCACCACGUACCCCAAACAGACUGUGUACGAGCUGUGCGUGUGCCCAAGCGGCAAGCUCUACCUGUCCCCGGCUGAGAAGGGCUCCACCUGCCAGACGACCAGCAACGUGUGUCUGUGGAGCUGAGAGAGGGGGGGGCCAGCGGACCGCUGAACACCAGAAAGGCCUUCCCCUCGUUAGGAUCCCAGUCCAGGAUACCAGGACCCCAACAGACCCUGAUCCCCAUCCAUACUGUUCCCCAUCCAUCGAUAGAUUUAUUUACUUUGACAGACAUUCUUCAUUUAUUUUCUUUCUUUCUCUGUGGUGUUCACUCUCUCUUUCUUUUUUCUCUUCUUCCUUCUUUCUUUGUAUUACUUUUCCUCUUCCUUUCUGUCAGUUGUUAUUUCUUUCUCUAACCCUCUCUGUCGUUCUCUCUCCUGCUCUCUUUCUCCUCCCUUCGUCAUCUUUCUCUCACAGUCCUCCCAAACAAAGAAGAAAAAUCAGGAAUCCCUUGAAAAAUGAGGCUUGGGGAAAAAGCCCCUUCUUCCAAAAUUUUGAUGGAACAAAAAAACGAUAUUAAAUGACAAUUUGUUUUCUCUUUUUUUUCUAUUUUUCUAUCGUUCUCAGAUGGGGAAUGAGUGUUCGGAGCGCCGGGCCGAACUUGAACCGAGAGAUUUGCGUGGACUGAUUUGUUUUUCUAAGAAAGCGAUACACAGGUGCCUUUGCUAUUGUUGGUAAAGCACAUCACCUCCAACGUUCUCAUCCCCUUCAGUGGACCGUCGUUAACUCAAUGGAAAACUAACUGUCUUUGGCUUAAAGCCUUGUCCAAAUCUCUAUACAGACUUCAAGUACAGUUCUUUUUUUUUUCCUCUGAUGUUUUCUUGAUAAAAAAAAGCACAAAAUUAUGCCAUGUAUAUAACAAUACCAAUAAAAUGAAAAAUAAAACUA